CUGAACCCAGCUCCACUGCUUUCCCCCUUGGAGGCUCAGCCCCCACUCAAGAGGGAUUUUGCUGAGCUGGUGCCCCCUGGUGCUAUAAAGGGAACAAUCCCAUCCAGAGCCGUGAUUUGAGAUCUGGCCAUCCAUCCUCAAUCACCCCAGGGUCCCACCAGCAUCCAUGGAUUCCAACCUCCCUAUCACACCUUGUCCCCAGGUUUGUGAUGGGGAUCUGCCUUUGGAUGUCACCGCUGUUACCUCCUUGCACUCUGGGCUCUGCUGCCUUUAGGGAGUGAAGAUUUGGUAUUCAGGUCCUGGCAGUCAACUUGGUUCUGGGGCUCACACCUUGUCCGGAUCACGUCUCACCACUCUGUCAGCGACUCGUGGCUUUGGCCAUGUCCUACAUCCUAAAUGGGAUAAAAGGAAGGAAAACCAUCCCAAACCUCCUAACCCAGAAAUCCAGACCUGCAAGCUUUGUGUUCUCUGUUGAACCCGACCACACAAAUUAUCCCCUCAAAAUACCCCAGAACCCAACCCCUUAAAGCUGCAAGUUUUGAGUCCUCUGUUGAACCCAUCACACAAAUUAUCUUCCCCAAACACCCCAAACCCCUCAAAGCUACAAGCUUUGGGUUGCCAAUUGAAUGCAACCACAUGUAUUAUCCUCUCAAAAUACCCCAAACCCCCAAACUCCAACCCCUUAAAGCUGCGAGCUUUGGGUUUCCACUUGAACCAACCCCAGAUAUUAUCUAUCUUCCCCAAAUACCUCAAAAACCCAAACACCCCAAAGCCACAAAGCUUUGGGUUCCCAGUUGAACCUGAUCACACGUUAUUAUCUUCCCAUGGCAGCAAUGCUACCAACGCUCACCAAACUGCUCCCACAUCAUUCCCACAGUGCCCUCAAACCCAGGGCUAUUUGGGCAAAUGUUGCCUAAACUUCUUACCCUUUUGGGUUCCCUGCUCCAGGCUCCAUGUGGCACUUUGGGGGCUGCAUCCCCAGAGGAAGCCACGUCCCUUGUUCCCAUCAUCUGCCUGUCCCCCUUGGGCUGGCAUCUGGCUGCUUUAUGGGGACAACCAGCCUUUAUAAUGUCCCCAUGGGGAGGUGGCACCCUGGGGAAGCGGUGCUCGCAUUGGCCCACGUCACCCCAGCACAGUGAUGAGCUCCCAUCCCACCCCAUUAGUAUGGAGCCCCGUGCCCCAGCUGCAGCCUCAGCCCGCUCCACAUGACCCCACUAAGUGGCAGACCAGAUGCAGGGCGGAGGGGAUGGCAGAGGUGACAGCUCUAUGGCGCUGGGCUCUGCAUCCCCCAAUUAAGCUGGCACUGGGAAGGACCAGGGUCACGGUCUCCAUAGACGUAAGCUGCUGUCCAGAGCGAGUGGAUUUAUUCAAGUCAGGAAGCCCUUAAUUGCAGUAAGAAAGGCAGGGAGAUCCAGGCCUUGGAGGCUGGCUGUACUCAUGCCAUGUGUAUGUGACUCCAGGGAAGAAGUUAAAGGAGAUUUGGGUUUUUUCAAGCAUUCACAAUGAGGUUGGGUAGUUCUAAGAAGGUGGGAUGGGUUUGGGGACACUCAGUGAUGUCACCAUGCUCCCAGAUGGGGACAUGCAUGUCACUGAGCACCUCUAACACCAGGUAGAGAUGGGUGUGAAGGACCAGAUAUCACAUAUCACAACCUAAAGCUCUCCAGCUUUGUUUUUCCUCCCACCAGAAGAGACUCAAAUCCUGGCCAGCACAGUUUCAUUUCAGCUCACCCCAUUCACCCUGCUGCUGGGUGUUGGACACCAAACACCAAACCUACCCAGCCCAUAGGGUUUGGUCAAGCAGGACGAGGAGCCACAAAACAACAGCCUGGCCAUCCAAGGAGGUUUCACCCUAAAACACCUGCCAGCCCCUGCAUAUCCCCAUUACAGCGGUCAAAGAGAGCACUAAGAAAAUCAGUACCACAGCACCGACCUCACGUCCUCGACCUCCAGUUAUUAGCUGAGCCCUUUGGUGUGGAAAGCAAUGCCUUGUGUUUUUUAAAGGAAAUCAAUGACGAUGGUGCUGGCGUGUAUAAUUAGCAGGGGGGGCUUAUAAAUACUGUUGCUGGCCGGGACGGGACCCAGAAGCAUCCUGAUCCCGCAGCCAUGUCCUACAAGGCGCUCACCGUCUGCCUGUUGGGGCUUCUGGCUCUGUCCUCAGCUUGUUACAUCCAAAACUGCCCCAUCGGGGGCAAGCGUGCCCUGCCGGACAUGGACAUCAGGAAGUGCCUGCCCUGUGGCCCCAGGAACAAGGGCCACUGCUUUGGUCCCAACAUCUGCUGUGGGGAGGAGCUGGGCUGCUACCUGGGCACCUCCGAAACCCUCAGGUGCCAGGAGGAGAAUUUCCUACCAACACCUUGCGAGUCUGGGAGAAAAGCCUGCGGAGAGGAUGGGGCGAGCUGUGCAGCACCAGGAAUCUGCUGCAGCAGUGAGGGCUGCGUGUUUGACUCAUCUUGCAACCAAGAAAUGCUGUUUGCCUAGAGGGAAAAACCAGCAGGAUCUGCUGUCCCAUGGGCUGCACCAGCACGGCACCCAACACCGUGACUCAGACUGAAGUGAUGCUAUUAAUUAGAAAUAAAACUUGGACUGAAUUAAAAGAAGUGUGUGUUUUUCUCCAUGCUUGCCUGGUUUAGCUCUAGGAUCCCGCUGAGACGCGUAAGGCGGCGCUGUUCAGAUGUCCUCUGUGUGGUUAUCUUAUUUAUUCAUGCUGAAAGCCACCCUAGAAUGAAAGAGGCCUUAAAAGUCCAUCUAGUUCUAUGGGGUGGGCAGGCUGCAUUCACCAGCUCAGGUUGCCCCAUCCAACCCAGCUCUGAGCACGUCUGGGCACCCACAGCUCCCUGGGCACCAUCACAGGGCCUCAAUGAGUAAAGAAUUUCCUCCUAAUAUCUAACCCACGUUUCCUCUCUUUUAGUUUAAAGCCAUUCCUUCCUUGUCCUAUCACUAUUACACCAUGUAAAUAUAAAAGAAACAUCAGUUUGCCACUUGCUUAUAAACUCCCUUCAAGUACCGGAAGGUUUAAAGGAUGAACAGGAACAACAGGUCAUUCCACCAUAGCAGAAAACACAGAAACAAUGAUUUAUUUCACCUCACAACAAAAAACACACUGUCUGUGUUUUCUACAAAACAAUCCAGACCUUGUUUUCCACCAUCCAAAGGGGCUGAAAUGCAAACAAUGCUGGGGCCACUGGCACACGAGGCCACGAUGGGCUUGUGCCUGAAGCAGAUGUAGUCACUCAUGGGGUUCCACAGACAUGAGGGUGUACAACCAGUCAGAUACAAUUGCCCUGCGAUGUGUUACUGUGCAAGGCCCGGGUACAACCUCACCUAUGAAAGCUGUGCCUUUUUCUUGCACGUAUUUAAGACCAAUUGAGCACAGAAAAA